AUGUCUUCAAUGUUGGAUGUUAAUGAUGGGUGUUGGUAUUAUGGUUCUCUCGGCAGUCCAAACAAGAGCAUUGAUCAGUAUGGUCCUAAUGAGCAUACUGAUAUUGAUCAUGGCAUUGCUGAAGAUGAAAAGUCCAAGUCCAAGCAACCCAUAGCAAGGAAUAAGAAAAUAUUGAAAGAAGAAAGUAGUAAUGGUAGUAGUCCAUGUUUUGAGUCAAAAGAUUUUGAUUCAGCUAAAAUCUCUGAGGAAGAUGCAGAAAAGGAGGCUGAGUGUCUUGCAAGUAUGUUUAGAGCAUUGGAUGAAGAUGGUGAUGGAAGAGUUAGUUCAGAUGAGAUAGUGAGGUUUUUAGAGAGAUUAAGUCUGGAAAUGCCCAAGGAGGAGGUGGAAUUGGCUGUGAGAUCAGUGUCUGCAUGUGGUGAUGAUUUUCUGACUGCAAUUGAGUUUGAUGAGUUUUAUAGAAUCCUAUUUGCAGAAAAGGAAGGGGAAGCUGAAAAUCUUAAGGUUGAAGAGAAGGCAAUCUGUGAGGCAUUUAAUGUGUUUGAUCAAAAUGGAGAUGGGUUUAUCAGUGCAAUGGUGUUGGCUGAUGUUCUCUCCAGGUUGGGUUUUGUGGAGGGGAAAGAUUUGAGUUGUUGCGAGAGCAUGAUCGAGAGUGUAGAUUAUAAUGGAGAUGGGUUUGUGGAUAUUCAUGAGUUUAGACAUUUAAUCACCAGAACUACUUCUGGUGCUAAUCCUUGUCUCCAAUGCGUUGCUGCAGUCUAA